AUGCCGCGUCUAAAUCACAAGAAGGCCAGGUGAGAGAGGCAAUCCCCACACUCGACCACCUGCUACAGGAUAUGCUGAUCUGACGCGACGCGACAGGACCGGCUGCCAGCGGUGUAAACAACGCAAAGUCAAGGUAGGCGCGAAUCAACACAUUCCCUUCAUCAACCCGCUCCGCCCCAACCCGGCCGCACACUCACCACCUCGACGUCGAGCGACUCAGAUUUGCAUCCAGCGAUUCAGUCCACGCAAACUCCUCGCCCGCUCGGUAUAGCGGGCUUGGCGCGUAAAAUCGCGACGAGCACACUCUACGCCCAAGGUCGUCCGGACUUCAGCCCUGUACCGGUGCUGCGAGCACCAUUUGUCGAGAUACCGCACAUUUCGCAAACAUCGCUGACCGUUCGUGCACAGUGCGAUGAAGUGAAGCCCAGAUGCUCCGCGUGCUCUCGACACAACGUGACGUGCGAAUAUGUCGAGCCGGCACCGCGUAAGUCCGACGCGCUGGCCGUGCAGCAUGCCUCGCCAGAUGUCUACAGCGCCCUCCGUGAAGAUGGCACGCACAUCUUGGAUCCUCGACUAGAGCUUAAGCUGAUGCACGAAUGGACCGCCUAUACAUGCGCAAGCUUCUCCACCGAGCUCGACUUCUGGAGAUUUCAAGCGCCACUCUUCGCCAUGGAGCACCGCCUGGUCCUCGACGCCAUGUUCGGUCUUGCCGCAUUGUAUUUCUCGCGGCGAUCAUCCACUCAGUGGAUUCCCAUGGCAGGCCGUAUGGUUCCCAUUAGGGAUCCAGGCCACGGGCCAUUGCAGGCAUCACCAGAGGUCGUCGCAGCAAACGGUGCCAAUGCCGUAGAUCUCGCUGCGACAGCUGAUGCAGCUGCAUUCGUGGAUGCCGGGGCCAGUCAAGAGAUGCUCAUCAAUGCCCGCAAAUACUUCGACAGAGCCAUCGAUGGCCAUCAGAGAGCCGUACAGAAUCUUAGCCGUGACAACAUCGAGGCGGUAUACAUCACCUCUAUUCUGAUAUCAUUCCACGCUCUUUUCACACUCGGCGAACACGAAGGAGACUCUACACUUCCGUCUUUGGACCCAUUGUUCUGGCUAAGACUUGCAGAUGGCACGAGGUAUCUCUGUGAAGUAUGGAGAGGCUUCGCAGGUGAUGAGUGGAUCGAGAACAAUGCCGUCUACUUUGGCCGCGUAAAACUGGCGGAGGAAGAUGCGCUUUUCCAGCAGGAACAAGGCAAGCCUUUCCAGCAGCUUCUCACCUUCGCUGAGGACUAUGAGUCCAGCAAUCCGGACGACAAAGACGCCUACCAAAAAGCAGUGGCAUAUCUCGCCUUUGUACACAAGAGCAUCUCCCAAAACACCGAUGACGCGCUGGUCAAUUGUCGGCGCCUGGUGGCCAUGCCCUCGAGACUCCCAAAGCGAUUUAACGAGCUCAUAGAAGUGCGACAGCCACGGGCUGUGGUCAUUCUGGCCCAUGCUUUCGCGACGAUGAAGCUCAUCUCCGACAAGGUGCCUUGGUUCAGAACAAUCGCCGAGCGACAAAUACCCUCCAUCUACCAAGUACUGCCAGCCGGUUGGCGUGAGCUCAUGUCUUGGCCUAUGAAGGUUGCUGAAGGCAAAAUCGCACAGGGUACGGAAGAAGCCGACAUAAGAGACAUACUCUCUUUGUAAGACUGAGCAUGAUUUUGUAGAUACCGAGUAGAGCAAUACUUGUAGCUCCUUCGCUAUGCUCGGGGAGGCGUUGUCGUCACUGCGCCUUCGUUGCUGGAAGGAAGAAGAGGAGCUCCCGUUCACCCGAGGAAAGCACACCUUGGAUCGAGAACUUUAGGGACAAGGUUCUCGUUGUUCAGCAUCUUGUCAUUAACAUUCAUGGCUGUUACGAACGGCGUCAGCGGAGCUAGGGACCGUAUCGCGAAGGUACUUGUGCUAGGAGUGAGUAGCAGUGUUUAUCACAGUCAGUUGUCGUGACUGACGCUGAUACAGGACAAUCGCCUAGCAGAAAGCAUCGUCCACAGUCUAUCGCACAGCAAACUCGAAGUCCACCAAUCAACGCAUCCGCAAUCUACCUUGGAACAACCUCACGGCAUCAAGAUUCACAAGAUCGCAUCCUCGCCCGAAGCACUUGCAGCGCUGUUUCACGCCCUCCAGCCCGACCUCAUUGUUAGCACCCAAGCACCAGGGUCCUUCUCCACCCAGAAGCUCUAUGUCGAUACGGCAGUCAGCAAUCUCAUCCAUACCCCUCGCUUCGUCCUCCCCGAGUUCGCGCAAGAUUCUCUGAACACGAAAAUCCAAGAACGUCUACCGCCGUACAGGGAAAGAGCCAAGACAAUCGCAUACCUCCGAUCCUUGUCAGCAGAAGGAAAGAUCGAAUGGGUCGGUAUCGCAACGGGCUGUGAUCUCUCCCACGCUCUGCGCAGUGGAAAUCUCGGCUUCGAUUUCAAAUGGCAGAGUGCUAGUCUCCACGGCACAGGCGAUGAAGUCUUCGCCGCUGCGACUUCUUCAACUUGGAACGGUCUUGUCGCUCUCCAAGUCACCAAGCACUGGCAUGAGCUCAAGAACCAGUAUCUCUACGCUUCGAACCUGCUUACCUCCACGAAUGCCAUUUUGAGAGGUCUCCAGGAGACUUCGAAGUCGCCGUCGAAAUGGGAAGCGAACUAUUCGCCGGAGAUUUCGGAUUUGCUGCACGAAGCGGAGAGGAGAUUCGAGAGAGGCUUUCCCGACGCAGGCAUGUUCUUGAUGGAGAGGGCUGUGCUCUUUGAUCCGACAUUGGAUGCUGUGAAACCUUUUGUGGAGCGGGAUGCCAAGGCUAUCUUGGGUCUUCUGGCAGAGGGCUCUUGUGAUGAUGAGAAGCUUGCCGACGUGGUGAAAAAAGUGGUGAGGGAGUCUCAGGAAAAUGGGCAGGCCGAUUGUGGAUGUAGCUGA